CUGAACAAAACAAUGAGAAUGCUGGAGCACCGGAGUGCCCCUUUGAAGAGGUGUGCGAAAAUAGACACCAUUGGAUCAGGAGAGACUUUUAUUUUUGACUGUGAUGGGAUGGAAGGGCGUUUUGUCACUAUCGUUAUUCCGGGUCGCAAAGAAUAUCUGCAGCUAUGUCAAGUUCAAGUGUUUGCUGAGUCACUAGAGGAAGGAAAGGAGGAAAUAUAUCACAAUGUGGCCCUUAAAGGCAGUGCUUCCCAAUCAAGCACAUUCUCAUCUUCUGGAGAUGCUAAAAAUGCCAAUGAUGGUUCUUUAGCCAACAAUCACAUUAUGUCUCAAUGUUCCAUCACCGAAAGACAGGUAUCACCUUGGUGGAUGGUGAACUUACAGUCUACCUACAAUAUCUUUGCUGUGGUCAUCACUAAUCGCGUAUUGGAAUGCUGUAAGGACAGGAUCAGUGGAGCAGAGAUUCGUAUUGGAAAUUCAUCACAGGCCGGAGGAACACUGAAUCCAAGGUGUGGAGUAAUUAGAUCAAUGGAGUCCGGAGAGUCCUUAUAUUUCACCUGUAAUGGUAUGGUUGGGCAGUAUGUGACAGUGACAAUCCCGGGACGAGCUGAGCAUCUUAUCUUAUGUGAGGUGCAGGUUUUUGGGGUUCCUAAUAUUUCUGAAGACUUAGGAAACUCAACACUGGCAUCUGUGGGAAAGAAAAGACAGCUCGCCUGUCUGGAUACGUCACAAGCUAGGGGGCCUGGUGAAGCGCAACCACGCUAUACGGACGGAUGAAUUCAUGGAAUAAAGAAGUAUCCACUGAUUUACCGUUUUCCGGAUGCUGAGAAGAAGAAUGAUUGUACAGCCUAAAGCUCGGGCCAUGGUGUGGAGCACAGAAACUUCUAGAAGAGACUCCCACUAUCUGAACAGAUUUCUCUUCUUUAUAUGCUGCAUAGAACAGUGAAAAGGGCAAAG